AUGUCCAUGACGAGUGUGGGGGUGCCGAUCUCACUGCUGCACGAGAGUGAAGGGCGUACCGUGACCGUGGAGCUUAAGAAUGGAGAGGUUUACCGUGGCCACCUAGCAGAGAGCGAGGACAGCAUGAACUGCCAGUUGAGCGACGUGGUACUGACGCAACGUGACGGCCAGAAGUCCAAGCUGGAACUUGUGUAUGUGCGCGGGUCGCAGAUUAAGCUAGUCAUUCUGCCGGAUAUUCUCAAGAACUCGCCGCUAUUAAGCAAAGUGCAGGCACUGAGCAAAAAGAAUGAAGACCAGAAGAAGAAGAAGAUUUCGAGCAAGUCUCAAGGCCGCAAAGGAGGCAAACGCACAGGAUCUGGAGCGUUGCGCAAAUAG